AUGACAGCUUCUAAAUAUCAUCCACCAACACCUAGAGAAGUGGAAGUCACCCUUGGGAAAGGUGUUACCGGGACUCUUGCAAUUCCGCUUGCGUUUGAUUCAGACAACCCAUUUGAAGAAGGAUUAGUUCCUGUAACUCAUAAGGCAGCAUUAAUAUUACAUGGACAAGGUGGACAUAGAAAUUAUUGUUACCAAAAGACAUUGGCACAUAGAUUAGCUAAUGAAUUGGGGAUAUUUUCCCUUAGAAUUGAUUUUAGAGGAUGUGGGAAUAGUGCCGACAAUGCUAAUGAAUUAGAAGGUCGUACAUUGACUCAAGAUGUUGAAGAUAUCCAAUCAAGUGUUGAAUUUAUUUGUGAUGGGAAAUUAAAUGGUACUGGUAUUGAUUUAACCUUGUCAUCAAUUAUCUCCCACUCACGUGGUGGGGUUGCCAUGUUUUUAUGGGCCCAGAUUCAAGAUAAAUUAGGACGUGCUGGUGACCCCAAUGCUAUAAUUGUGCCUAAUUUAGUGAAUUGUUCUGCCAGAUUUACUUCACCAACUGUUUUAGAUAGAUAUGCUGGGUUGGAAGGAUUAGAUUUUGUCCCCGUGACAACAUAUAGACAUGGAUCUUAUCAACAAGUCAAUUUAUCAGCACGAGAAGUUAUAUCUUUAUCGAAACCCGAUUUAAGUAAGUUGACGGAAUUGUCACGAGAUUGGUCCGUUCUUAGUGUUUAUGGAACUGAAGAUGAAAUCAUUCCCAAAUAUGAUAGUGCCAAUUUUGCCAAUGCAUUAAAUCGAGGUCCCUUAUCACACACAUUGAAAUUGAUUCCUGACGCUGACCAUAAUUUUUAUGGACACAAAGAAAUAAACGCUGAUGAUGACGAAUUAAAUGAACUCAAUCCAUACAAUUUACCUUUGAAAAAUGGUAAACGAGUAAACUAUAAUUAUUUGGUGACAGAUUAUAUAAUAGACUUUUUAACUCCAGAAAUGGAAUUACAAAGAUUUAUUGCCACUAGUAGAGAUAUCGGCAGAGUUGCUAGGUGGAAGAAUGUUGAUGGUGUCAGUAAUUUUAGAGAUGUUGGUGGUUGGAGAGUCCAUGCUCCAACUUUUAAAUUAUUAGAUACAAAGAAUAAUAAUAAUAAUAAUAAUAAUAAUAAUAAUAAGACAAAUCAAGAUCAUUUGGUAUAUUAUGUUAAACCACAUUAUGCAUUCCGAUGUGCCAACAUUGCCGGUUUGACGGAAACUGGGCUUGAAACUUUACAGAUUUUGGGUAUUAAGGCAAUUUUCGAUUUACGUUCCGAUGGUGAAGUUAAAAAUGAUGGAUAUCCAGAAAAUUUAUCGAAAUAUGGUAUCAAAAGAAUCCAUGCUCCAGUUUUCUCUAAUGAUGAUUAUUCACCACAAGCCAUAGCUGUUAGAUAUACAAAUCUUAUGACUUGUUGGUCAACUUAUGUCAAUGUUUAUGAGGAUAUGUUAGAAUUUGGAAUCAAUGCCUACAAGACAAUAUUUGAAUACAUUAGAGAUAUAAACCAACCAUUUGUGUUUCAUUGUACUGCUGGUAAAGAUCGUACUGGUAUGUUAGGAAUGUUAAUAUUGUUACUUGCGGGUGUUGAUAAGAACACUAUAGCUAAAGAAUAUGAAUUAACUACAGUUGGAUUGAAACCCGAUCAUCCUGUAUUAAAAGGGAAAUUUGAAGAAACAGUAAAGAAAUUGCGUGAAAAAUUGGGAGAUGAUGGAUCUGGAGGUAUUGAACAAAUAAUUUCUCAAGGGAGAAAGAAUUGGAGUAUUGAAGAAGAUGGGUUCCGGAAUUUAGUUAGUUCAAGAUACGAGGCAAUGUUGGCAACAAUUGGAUUAUUUCAUGAAAAAUAUGGUGGGAUAAUUCCUUAUUUAAAAGAUAAAUUAGGUUUCAGUUCUCAAGAUAUUUUGAAAAUUUAUCAAAAUAUAGUUGUUGCUGACCCACAAAACAUGGGAUUUGAAACUAGUGCACAAAUCAAUUGGGAUCAUAGAACUACCGAAAGAGCAAAGUUUUAG